AUGGCAAUCGCUACACUGGCUCUGUACCAUUCCCUUGUUUUUGUCUGGUAUAUUUUUGUAACCUAUUCAAUCUCACUGGUAAGAGCAGAAGACCGGCCGUCUGAAGUGUUCCUUUAUGGUAGGCAGUGGAAAUAUUUGACAGUUCUCAAUCUGGUUUUGCAGGCUGUUUUCUAUGGGAUCUCCUUCCUGGCUGAUGUGUUGAGACUAAUUAAGAAACUGCCAAGUGUUAAGUACAUAAUUUCCUGCAGAGACCUUCUCUUCAGUGUCCUGGCUUUCCCUCUGUCCACGUUUGUGUUUAUGUCCUUUUGGGUAUUGUAUACGUACAACCGAGAACUGGUUUACCCCAAGAGCCUGGAUGGGAUCAUUCCAAUGUGGUUAAAUCAUGCUAUGCACACUAUUGUAUUGCCACUUGCUCUGCUGGAGAUCUUCGCUACCCCUCACCGUUAUCCACCAAAGAAGAAAGGACUGAUCCUAUUAGGAUUUGUUUCUGUUGCCUAUCUCAGCUGGGUCCUGUGGAUUUACUCUGUAACCGGAGAGUGGGUAUAUCCUCUCUUCACCUUUUUCAGCCCAGUGGGUCUAGCGGCCUUUUUCUGCAGUAGCAUUGUCCUCAUUGUCUGGAUCUACAACAUUGGAGAGUUUCUCAACCGUAUGAUUUGGGGUGGCUACAUGAUAGUGGCUGAGGGAAGCUAUUCCUGUAGUAGAAUAGAAUAUGCAAGAGCAAAUUCUUCCUCCAUCCUUGCUCAUUUUGUUCUGGGACAAAAAUCCCACUGA